AGAUAAUGCCCCAGAUGGCAUUGUGUCGUUUUCCUUUUGAGGAGUAAAUCCCUUGCAAUAUCUCUCACCAAGGCUCCACCGUCCAACAUGCAAACAGUUUCCGUAGACGACUUCACCCGCCAGUCCUUCGACUUCAUCAUCAUUGGUGGUGGGACCGCUGGUCUUGUUGUUGCAUCCCGUCUGGCUCAGCAUGGCAAGUUCACCGUCGGAGUGCUUGAAGCUGGAGGGGUGGUAAACGGGCGCGAUGAGGUCGAGAUUCCUGCCUUUUUUGGAAGAGCCUUGGGCACCGACAUUGACUGGAAGUUUGAAUCGACGCCUCCAGGCACACAAGGAGGUGUGAAAGACCAGUGGCCGCGGGGCAAAGGACUUGGAGGAUCCAGCGCCAUCAACUAUAUGGGCUGGAAUAGAGCAGGCAGGGUGGACUAUGAUGCCUGGGUGGAACUGGGCAAUCCCGGAUGGGGAUGGGAUGACUUGCUGCCCUUUUUCAAAAAGUCGGAAACAGUCCAUCCACCAAGCUCUUCUACACAAGAGGAGCAAGACAUCCGAUAUGACCCCAACACCCUCGGCACCUCGGGCCCAAUUCAAAUCACUUAUCCCGACGAAUACUCGCCGUCCCAUCAGCUAUGGAUCAAGGGGCUCAACUCGUUAGGCGUGGAAACAAAUCCGGCUCCUUAUUCAGGAUCAAAUGCUGGAGCCUGGACAAAUCCAUCCAGCCUGGGCCUGCACACAAAAGCUCGAAGUUUUGCGACCGAGUACUGCUCCUUGGCUGGUUCCAAUCUGUACAUUCUGACUGAAGCUCUGGUUGAAGAGAUUAUUCUUGUCAAGGCCGAUAGCGGAUAUGUGGCCUCUGGAGUUCGAUUUACUCACAAUGGCCAGGAGUAUACCGUCUCGGCAUCUCGCGAAGUCAUCUUGUCUGCUGGAACUAUCAAAUCUCCACAGAUAUUAGAGCUUUCGGGCAUUGGAAAUCCCGAGAUAUUGUCUCGAGCUGGUAUUGAUGCCAAGGUGGACAGUCCCAUGGUAGGAGAAAACCUGCAAGAACACAAAGCCCUCAUUUUCGUCGUGGAUGUUGACCCAGAGCUUGAGAAUCCGGAUGAACUCAUACUCGAUGCCGAGAAAGCGGCUGCAGCUCGUGAACAGUAUGACCAAGAUAAAACUGGUCCUCUCACUACCAUGCCCGGUUCGUUUGGUAUGGUGCCAUUUACGAAAGCCAUACAACAAGGUGCCCUGGACAAGAUAUGUUCCCAGGUCGACGCUUUGACAGGCCUGUCACCCGAAAAGAAGGCCCUUUUGGAGCAGCGCCUAAGAAACCCCGAUAAAAUUGGCUUGAUGGAAUACUUCUUCAAACUUGGAGCUGGAGCCUUUGGGGGAGCAGACAGCAGGCACGGCAUCAUCGCUCAAAUUCUACAGCAGCCUUUCGCUGCUGGCUCGAUUCACGUACAGCCCAAGUCUGCGGCGACGGAUGAUCCCGUGAUUGAGAUUGGGUAUUACCACGGGCCCGCCGGCGAAAUCGACCUGGAGCUGAUGCUGCAGUCGACGCGGUUUGCCCGCAGCAUCAUGCUUGCGCCGCCUUUCAACAGCGUUGUGAGACAGCCGUUUCUCCCGCCCGCCAGUGCAUUUGAAGACGAUGAGCAGAUGAAGCAGAUCAUCAAGAGCGGCACCCGGGCGGCGCUGCAUGCGGUCGGGACGUGCGCCAUGGGCGGCAACGCAGGCAUUCGCGGCGGCGUCGUGAAUGAGCGGCUGCAAGUCUACGGGGUGCAGCGCCUGCGAGUUGUGGAUGCGAGCAUCAUGCCGCUCCAGAUCAGCGCGCAUAUCCAGGCGACGGUGUAUGCCAUUGCGGAGAAGGCAGCGCAUAUGAUUCUGGAAGACGUGGCUGCGCAGUGAUGAGGACAUGGAUGAUCAAUACGAUUUAAACCACCUGCCUUGAUGACAAGUUUAUGUUGCCUUCUGGUGGACGUGCCAAGCACCUGCUUGAUUCAGGUUGCCUGCUAUGGCGGCAAUGAUGCGAUCAUGACAGGUGUGUGUUAGAUUAGCAGUAGCUAAAUAGAUUUGAGAGCGUUGCUU